GUCAGUCCGCGCUCGACAGACCUCCAUGACUCGACAGACCUCCAAUGGGUCAAAGCAACUGCUGCCAUGAAGACAAGGUGCCACAGGCCAUUGAAGAGGUGCCGGGCCAUGCCGGGACAGGUCCAGGUGAUGUGCCCAAAGCGCCUGCCGCGGUGACCCUCGACGCAUGCAACGCCGAAGAGACCGGCGAAGCGCUGCCUGUGACUUUUAAUAGCUGCAGGAGCCAUUUUGGACGGAUUCAGCGUCAGAACACCAAUCGGCAGCUACUUGUGGACACGGAGAUCCUUCGAAGCGUCUCAUUGAGGAGGACUUUACAUUGGCUGGGGGAGAUGUGGUCCAAAAACCCCGCGGAGCUCAGCAUCUCCCAGGGGGAAGCUCUUUGGUCUCAAUCGCAUCCAGCCUUGAAGUAUGACAUCUUCCUCUCACACACCUGGCAAACAUCAGGUACACAGAAAUUCCUGGCCUUGUCGCUCCAAAGUGGCUGGUCAGUUGCCAUUGCUUUUUGGCUGCUUGGCGUUUCAACUUCCGUGGUCCUUUGCUUGUGCAAGGUCUUGCCCACGUGGCCGGUGAUGGUCUUACCCAACUUCGACGCGCCGACCACGGUGUGGACAAACCUCCUGGGCCUGAUUUUCCUGACCGUGGGCUUCUUGAUCGCGCCCUAUUUGCCCCGCUGUAGAAGUGUGGCAGACGCCUGUUUUCUGGACGUGGCUUGUGUGAAUCAGAGUGACCGAGAACUUAUGGAACGAGCUGUCUAUGGCUUGGGCGGCUUCCUUUCAGUUUCUGAUGAGUUGCGCGUCUUAUGGAGCCCACCAUAUUUAUCCAGACUUUGGUGCAUCUUCGAACUGGCCGCCUAUCGCUCCGCGAACCCCACGGGGCGCAUCCGUUUCGCGCCCAUCUACAUCGAACUUUCAGUCCUGGUGGCCGUUGUAGCUGGACAUGUUGCCUGCUGCUUCUUCGCAGCGUUCACUGGGUGGCUCUCGGCACAUCCAGCGCUAGCUGCCAUAGCAGGUUGGCUGCCCCUGACGCAGGCCUUGCAUACAUUGCGGAGGCUGAACCGUUCCAGAGCUGAGCUCAUCUCUGAGAUGCAGAGCUUCAGUUUGAGUCGAGCAGUUUGCAGUAACAGCCAGGAUCGCGACUAUGUGAUGUCGGCCAUUGCGCAUUGGUACCAAAGCCCUGAAGGCUUUGAGGACUACGUCCGCGGGCCUUUGCGACAAGAGUUGAUGAGGAGCAUCAGUUUCGCCAAGGUGUCUCCUGGGUACCUUUUCCUCAUAGCUACUGCUCCCGCGAGUGCGGCAAUUCAAGUCCUCAUUGGGUUUUGGGAGAGUGGUGCUUCAAGGGAGGAGCUCCUUUGCAGUGUUGUUGCAAGGGUGCUCAGCACGGGCAUCUUUUGGAUGAUUUUCUGCGCCAAAAUGUGUAUCCUCAACUUGUGCCACCGCUUCGCCGCACGAUGGCCAUGCUGCGACCUGCUGCCUAGCCUCUUGAUCAGCCUCGCCCUCCUCGUCGCCACCCAACUUGGGGUCGUGCUGGGGCGAAUGGCCGCGCAAAACCUCCUCACGGCUUUGCAUCUCUGGCCAAAUUUUGGGGAGGUGGAGGUGCGACUUGACUUGACCUGAACAUGUGCUGAGAAUAGGAUCCAUAGUAGUGAUGAGCUCCUAGUAGCUUCUUGUUCCUAGUAGCGAUGCCCUUUGUUGCUAGUAGCGAUGCCCUUGCUCCUAGUAGCUUCUUGCUACUACAUCAGUUCUUUGCACAAGGCAAGAUGUAGACAUGAUGUAGAUGAAUGAAGUACGCGGCAAGCAUGUGCAAGCCUGUGUCAGCCCUGGUAGAUCCUGGUAGAAAAUCCUUCCUCUCUUGGUCCGACCCACUUCUUAGGAUUUGGUUGGCACUUUCCUUGUCUUUGACCAUUGGCACACUUCGCUGGUGAUCGUGUUCGACGUGGUGAUUGGUAUCUCACCUGACUGGACAAUCCGGUUCAGCCGAUUUUCGCACCUUUCAACAUUCAAGCUUUUUGAAGGACGCUAGUUGUCGCCAGUUGCCGCAGCAGACAAGGCUUUGCACGAUUCACAUGGACACUGGGUUAGUGGUAAUUGACGUGUGAAGCCUUGGGAUGCUCGCCAACAGCAACGAUCGACGUGAAGCCCUGGGGCCUACAAGGGCCCUUUGGGCAGCAGAGCUAAUUAUCGGGAAUCUUUUUGAAAUCUUUGGGAACCUUUGGCAGUUUGGCCAGGUCAGGCCUACCCAAAGACAACCCCCCAAGCCGCAGCUGGCUUUACGGAUACACUUCCCAAGGAAGUUCUUGGCAGAAAAA